AUGUGGCCAAAUCAUCGUCGACCACGUGUACAUCAUCAUGCUCUUCUUACGCCUGUUCAUCAACAUGUAGCUGUACGGCACGUUCAUGUUCAUGAAUCAGCGAUCAUGUUCCAUCCAAUAGAAACAUCAACACCCGCUGAUAUUAUCGACUGCAAUACAUCAAUAAAACAAGACAUGUCAGGAUAUGUCAAUCAUCUUUCAAUCGACCAUUCUAUCAACAUUUUGAAUUUAACAACAAAUAAUCAACAACACUCACCUGAUACAAUACCAGUUGAGUCAAUAAAUGUUUUACCUGCUGGAGUUGCAUCGGAUCAUCUUCUUUUGUCAUUGGGAUCAACUAUAACAGAAAAAUCAACUACCAAAAAACGAAAUAAAACUCUUCAAGGUGAAAGCUUCAUCAAAAAAAAAUGA